CUCAAUUGUUUUGGAAAGCGUCUUCGGCAAUAUAAUCCCUAGAUCCCAGGCGUUUAUAUACAUCAGAUAGAGCUCCCCACUGUCAGGUACUGAAGGCGUGCAAUGGCCAAGUUGGUGCAGCUUCCACCAAAGUUCCUCCCACAGGAGUGGAGUGUUACUAACAAGACCCGCUAUGCAAAUGCUGAGUCUCAGAGAUCCAGAUCAGAGAGACUAGUUGCUGAAAGUCAACGAUUGGUUGAUGAGAUUGAAAAGAGAACUCAGAAAUCUCAACAGGAUGUCAACAAGAAGCUAGAGCAGAGACUGGAUGAAAUCCAAUUCUGGAAGGAAGAGUUAGAUAAUAAACUUGCUGAAACUGUCAAUGAAAUUGAACAACUGGUGGCUUAUAAAAUCCGCUUGGAGAAAGCUCGGGAGGGUUGCAUGGAGCCGCUAGCAAUAGCCCAACAAUGCUUAAUCGAACGGGAGAAAAGAGUAGGGAUUGAUUUAGUCCAUGACGAGUUGGAACGGGAACUCAUUAAAGAGGUGGAAGUUAUUCAGGGGGUGAUAGCUCUGCUGGAACGAACACUUGAACAAACCACUGAACAGAUCAGGCUGAGUCGUUCGGCUAAAUACUCACUAGAAAAGGAUGUGGCAGACAAGUUUCAGGCGAUUAAACUCGAUAACCACUGCAGUACGCUACAUAAUAACACUCCCGACAUCCAUUACACAGAUAAUGUUGUCAGGAUUCAGGGGAACUCGGUUACACCAAAUGAAUGGGAAGAUUUCACCAAUCAGAACAUUGUAAAAGCUGAAAAGCAAAGAAAUAAUGCUUUGGCACUGCGAGCCCUGAUUGAUAGUAUUCUAUCCGAGACAGCUGGUGAUAUGCGCAAGCAGUGCGACUCUGUGAAUUUUGCUCUGAAAAUCCGAGUGAACGAAACUAAAGACGCAAAAAAUAAACUGGAAGUACAUUUGGCCAAGGUGAUGGAUGAGAUAAGUUCUCAGGAAAAGAACAUAGAACACUUGAAAAAAGCCAUUAGCGAUAAGGAAGGACCAAUCAAAGUCGCUCAGACUCGUCUGGAGACAAGAACCUUACGUCCGAACGUGGAGUUGUGUCGUGACCCUGUACAGUACAGACUCCUCAAUGAGGUUCAGGAGAUCACAACCAGUGUAGAAAGGCUCCGGGAAACUGUAAGGCUUGCAGUGAUCGAACUAAAAGGUCUCAUCCGUAACCAGCUGUCUCUAGAAGAGGAGAUCCAGGUUAAAGAGAAUACACUAUACAUUGAUGAAGUGAUGUGCAUGCAGAUGAGAGAGGCAAUAUCAAUCAACAACUUAUAAUGUAGCUUGUUAGCUCACAAUAACAUACAAAUAACUGAAAUGUGUUUCCCACCUUCUGCCUCAAAAUAAAGUCUUAAAAAUCAUAAAGUUAA